GCGUAUCACUUCCGGGUUCAAAAUCUUUUUGCAGAAGACUACUGCUUUUAUAAAUAAUCCCCUCUCCCUCACAUUGGUUUUAAUCUUUUAUAAACCUGGUUUCUAAACCCGUAAAAACCAGGUUUAAGUUCGUUCUUCUUACAAGUUACAACUGUAGUCUACCCAUUCUGAAUUCUCUCUCUCACAUUGGAUAGAAAACACGCGCACUCGAUCAUACAAGGUAACUUUCUGAGGUAGCCUUCAAGAACAAAAAGUCAAAUAUGUUUUUUCACAUAGUGCUGGAAAGAAACAUGCAACUGCAUCCUCGUCAUUUCGGCCCAAAUCUACGUGAUAAGUUGGUCGCGAAGCUCAUGAAAGAUGUGGAAGGCACUUGCAGUGGCCGUCACGGGUUCGUGGUGGCAAUAACGGGGGUUGAUAAUGUUGGAAAAGGACUAAUUCGUGAUGGUACAGGGUUUGUGACGUUUCCUGUCAAGUACCAAUGUGUAGUUUUCAGACCUUUUAAAGGAGAGAUACUUGAAGCUGUAGUGACCAUGGUUAAUAAGAUGGGGUUUUUUGCUGAAGCUGGUCCUGUUCAAAUAUUUGUGUCGAACCAUCUUAUACCAGAUGAUAUGGAAUUCCAGUCUGGAGAUAUCCCAAAUUAUACAACUUCAGAUGGAUCAGUUAAAAUUCAAAAGGAUAGUGAAGUACGGCUAAAGAUAAUUGGAACUCGAGUUGAUGCUACAGAAAUAUUUUGCAUUGGUACCAUAAAAGAUGAUUUCUUGGGUGUGAUUAACGACCCGGGAGCGGCUGCUUAAUCCAACCAUUGGAUCGAUGAACCCUUUCCCGACCACCUGCUAGACUGGAGUUUGUCUGCAAGUAAAAGGGCAGAAUAUUAUCAACCCUUGCAAAGACCAGGACUGCCUGCUUCUCUUUCCUUUGUCUUCAUUAGUUCUUCCACUCGAUGUACGAAGAUGUAUAUAGCUUCUGCAAGAAUAUGGGUUCUAAUUUGUUCUUGUUUUUCUGAGGGAUAUAUAUUGUUCACCUGCACCUGUGUUGCUCAAAUGGAGUUAAAAUUCAUGUAAACAAGAUAUAAUUAAGACUUCAGACUGUAAAAAGAAUUAGAGAUUAUGACUUCUUCAUGUGGUUUUUAGGGAA